GCGGCUCUCCAACGUCAGUGUCGAGCUCUGUACGCGGAGGACGAAGAGCCACCAGACGCACGGACGCACGGACGCGCCAGUGGCGGCUCCACGGCUCUCUGGACCCCGCCGCCAGCCGCGCUCUCCUCCUCCUCCUCCUCCUCUCCGCUCGCCGACGCGCGGUUGGAGGAUUUUGACUCUCAGCUCGUCGGUGUUUGGGUUGUUGUUUCCUCUCUCCAUUGCUGCUCGGAAGUUUCCGACCCGUCGCGUUUCGUAGUUGCGCGGACCCGCACCUCGCCUCUCCGCGGGAUUAACCGCUUCAGCCGAACCAACGCACGACAGUCGAGCCGAGUGUGCGCGUCCGCGCGCGGCGGCGUCCUUCCGACGCAGCGGUGACGGCGAAGGAGCUGCGCCUCGCCAUGGGGAAAUAGCAGGGGAUCUCUCCCGUGUGACCGACCCCCACACCCCCGGCAUUUUGACUCUAUAUUUCUCUCUAGGAAAAGAAAAGAAAAGAAAAGAAUGAGCAUGGAUGGUUGUCCGCUGAAGGCGGCGAUUCUUCUGUGGUGCCUGCUGGUGAUCUCUGGCUCCGGCUUCGAGAUCGGAUCCUACGACCUGGAGCGCGGCCGACCGGCCAAGUGCGAGCCCAUCGUGAUCCCCAUGUGCGAGGGGAUCGGCUACAACCUGACCCGCAUGCCCAACUUCAUGGACCACGACGACCAGAAGGAGGCUGCCAUCAAGCUGAACGAGUUCGCCCCGCUGGUGGCCUACGGCUGCGACGUGCACCUCCGCUUCUUCCUCUGCUCCCUGUACGCCCCCAUGUGCACGGACAAAGUGUCGACCUCCAUCCCCGCCUGCAGGCCCAUGUGCGAGCAGGCCCGGGAGAGGUGUGCGCCCAUCAUGAAGAAGUUCAGCUACACCUGGCCCGACUCGCUCGACUGCUCCAAGCUGCCCACCAGAAACGACCCCAACGCCCUGUGCAUGGAGGCCCCCGAGAACGAAACCAGGGCGGAGGUCAAGAAGGGCGAGGGCAUGCUCCCGGUGCCCCCUCGCCCCAGGCAGCCGGGCACCAGCACCGGCGGCGGCGGCGGCGGCCGCUCACCGGGCAGCAUGGGCUCCUGCGAGAACCCGGACAAGUUCCAGUUUGUGGAGAAGAGCCAGUCGUGUGCCCCGCGCUGCUCCCCUGCCGUGGACGUCUUCUGGUCCAGACAGGACAAGGACUUUGCCUUCAUUUGGAUGACGGUGUGGUCCAUCCUCUGCUUCGUCUCCACCGCCUUCACCGUCCUGACCUUCCUCCUGGAGCCUCACCGCUUCCAGUACCCGGAGCGGCCCAUCAUCUUCCUCUCCAUGUGCUACAACGUCUACUCCGUGGCCUUCAUCAUCCGCUCGGUGGCGGGGUCCGAGAACAUCGCGUGCGACCGCGAGCACGGCGAGCUGUACAUCAUCCAGGAGGGGCUGGAGUCCACCGGCUGCACCAUCGUCUUCCUCAUCCUCUACUACUUUGGCAUGGCCUCCUCUAUCUGGUGGGUCAUCCUCACCCUCACCUGGUUUCUCGCUGCGGGCAAGAAGUGGGGCCACGAGGCCAUCGAAGCCCACAGCAACUACUUCCACAUGGCUGCUUGGGGCAUCCCUGCUCUUAAGACCAUCAUCAUCCUCACUAUGAGGAAGGUGGCUGGGGAUGAGCUAACGGGGCUGUGCUACGUGGGGAGUAUGGACUCUGCUGCUCUCACCGGCUUCGUCCUCAUCCCUCUCUCCUGCUACCUGAUCAUCGGCACCUCGUUCAUCCUCACGGGCUUCGUGGCCCUCUUCCACAUCCGCAAGGUGAUGAAGACGGAGGGCACCAACACGGAGAAGCUGGAGAAGCUCAUGGUGAAAAUCGGCAUCUACUCCAUCCUCUACACCGUGCCGGCCACCUGCGUCAUCGUCUGCUACUUCUACGAGAGGCUCAACAUGGACUACUGGAAGCUGCGCGGGCUGCAGAUGAAGUGCGGCUCGUUCGGCGGCCACAGCGGCGACUGCUCGCUGCAGACGUCCGUGCCCACCGUGGCCGUGUUCAUGCUGAAGAUCUUCAUGUCGCUGGUGGUCGGCAUCACCAGCGGCGUGUGGGUGUGGAGCUCCAAGACCCUGCAGACCUGGCAGGGCCUGUGCAGCAGGAAGCUGACAGACAGGACUAGUAGCCGGAAACCGUGCAGCGGCGUGAGCUGCGGCAGCACACACUGCCACUACAAAUCUCCCGCCGUGGUUCUGCACAUGGCCAAGACUGACCUGCACUCAGACAACCCCACACACGUUUGAGAGCGACACACACACACACGCACACACACACACAUAAUGCCCUGUGCAAGGAGCUGCUAAAGACUUUACAAGAAGAAGAGUGGUUGAAUUGAACUGUCACUCACUCCUCUGCUGCUGCUGCUGCUGCCAAGGGACACAAAGGUACAGGCAUCACUACGAGUCACUAGCUAUAAACAGUAUUUAAUGCAUAAAGGGAAAUGUUCAGUAUUGUUACACGUAUUUUUUUUCUGUGCAUAGUGUUCGGUGCAGUAGACAUGCCCUGUGUUGCAAAGCAAAACAAGAGAGAGACUUUUAAUGGGGAGGCAUCUUGGGAAAUCCUCCCUCAAAGUGGCAUGAUUAACUGUAUAAAUCUGUAUAAAUGUUUUAUUUAUUGUAAAUAUAUUUAAUUUAAAGUUCACCUUGACUCUUUAUCAGAUUUGUUGUUUAGAUACGUUUAUUAAAGGUCAAGGGGAAAUGAAGUGCCUUUUUAUGAGAACUGGCUCUGGCCUGUUGGAGGAAAAAAAUAAAUUUGUGGAAUUCUUGUUCAA